AUGGAGCAGCGGAAGUUCAGAGAGAAAGGUCUUCUGGGUAAACUGGCUUCAGGAGAGAAGAAACUGGAUGGAAGGACGUUUUAUCUCGAUAGAGUAAAGAAGCGGUCCACAGCCCUCCUUCUGGAAGCCAUCACUCUGUUUGGAGGAAAAGUUGAAAGCUUUCUGCACAAAGAUGUCAGUUUUGUUGUGACUGGAUGUCUAGAAGAACUUGAGCCAAAGACAUCAGACUUUAACGACAAAACAGCCAAUGAAACUACACCCUGUAAACAACUGCAAAGUGCCCUGAAGAAAGAUGGGCCAAAGCAAGCGACUCCCAGGCCUGCACUCACUGCGUGUGGAAGUCGUGGGAAGGCUCUGUUAGAGAAGGCCAUGCUGAAUAAUGAGCGACUACAGGGGAGCAGUGUUUUGACCAACGCCCGGUCGUGGGGAGUGAGGAUUCUCUCUGCAGAUGAUGUCAUUUUUUACCUAAAACAGUUGUCGAGAGAGAGUUUCGACCCAAAACCAAAGAAGUCAGAGGUUCACACCAAACAAAACGUGAAUGUUGUAAAAGCUGCACCAUUGAGGUCCCCGUACCUCAAAGUGGAAGACUCCAGCAGAAAGUACAAACCUUUACACAUGCAGUCCGUGAACUUUCCCAGUGUGUACUUUGCCGGACGCUACAGCCCUUUCGAAUGCCCUCCCCCCCCUCGCUUUGAGAAAUGGGCUGAAAAAGAAGAGAAGGACAUUGAAAACCUCAAGGCAGUACUCAGCACCGAGGACAAAUGUGGCACUCCUCUGAGCGGCCGUCCGUCUCCGUGGAGGACGCGCAAAAAAGAUAGUGCUUUUUGUGAAUGCUGUCGUCAAGUUUACAACAACCAGGACCAGCAUCUUCAGUCAGACCAACAUCGGGCUUUUGUGUCCGAUCUGUCCAACUACACCGCGGUGGAAGAACUCUUAGCGGCUAUGGAUCCUGGUUUUGACCCGGAUCCUCCACCGCAGCCCAAAGAACUCACCGGAGAAACUUUUCCAAACCCUCCUGCACUGGAACUCGAACCACUGACGGAUUUGGAAACCAACACCGCCGUGAAAGAGUUGAAAGAGUCCAGUUUUCCCAAUAACACCUCGAUUAUCGUGAUAAGUGACUCUGUUUCACCAGUUUGUUCAAGUCCGCCUGAAAUACAGCCCCCCACAACCAAUCAGAGCCCGCUUAUACCUGACCCGACCAAUCAGAGCCCGCGCAUACCUGACCCGACCAAUCAGAGCCCGCGUAUACCUGACCCGACCAAUCAGAGCCCGCGUAUACCUGACCCGACCAAUCAGAGCCCGCGCAUACCUGACCCGACCAAUCAGAGCCUGCGUAUACCUGACCCGACCAAUCAGAGCCCGCGUAUACCUGACCCGACCAAUCAGAGCCUGCGUAUACCUGACCCGGCCAAUCAGAGCUCGCGUAUACCUGACCCGACCAAUCAGAGCCUGUUCAUUCCUGACACGACCAAUCAGAACCUGCUUAUCCCUGACUUGACCAAUCAGAGCCUGCUUAUCCCUGACUUGACCAAUCAGAGCCUGCUUAUCCCUGACUUGACCAAUCAGAGCCUGCUUAUCCCUGACUUGACCAAUCAGAGCCUGCUUAUCCCUGACUUGACCAAUCAGAGCCUGCUUAUCCCUGACUUGACCAAUCACAGCCUGCUUAUCCCUGACUUGACCAAUCACAGCCUGCUUAUCCCUGACUUGACCAAUCACAGCCUGCUUAUCCCUGACACGACCAAUCAGAGCCUGCUUAUUCCUGACCUCCGCCCUCCGAGUCCCUCUAUGCCUGUUCUGGAGAAGAUUCCACAGGACCCGCCUGAAUUAGAACCUUAUCAAGACUUAAAACCACUGUCUCCUGGAUCUGGGGGUUCCUGGAUCAGUCACGACCCGUUCCCACCGGUGCUCAGCCCCCAAGAACCUUCAAACUCCCACUGCUCAUAUUUAGAGCCCCCGGUGUUAAGUCCUCAGCCGUUUCCUUCACAUGAGCCUAGUAAAGAAGCAAACGUUUCUCAGUCUGCUGCCGAGUCUCCUGCCAUGAGCCAGUUGGGUUGGGUUUGUUUUAACGUCCGUAACCCUCGCUCCCGUUCGCUUCCGUCCACGACUGCGCUCAACACAAAGAAGCGAAGCCGAUCAGCGAGUCCCGAGUCCGCCUCAAGCAAAAGGCGGAAGACGAAUGAACGCGGUGGAUUUAAGGAGACGGAGCAAGGACAGACCUCGGAGAACACAGGGUUGUUUUUGGAAAGCACUCGUAAAAUUGUCCAAUCUUCUCCUAAACCCGUGAGGACUUUGUCUAGUUUGGAAUGUGGAGACUUCACUCAGACUUUCCGUGAAUUCCCCGCCCCCAAAAUGUUGUCAGUGAAAGCGUCUCCGAGUCAAAACUCCGAGCGCUCCAACUCCCACUCCACCUCGGUCUGCAUCGAGUCCGCCCUCAUCCCGGACGUAGCGGCCCUCUCCUCCUCGGACUCGGACUGGGACUGCGAGCUCCUGUCCCGGCUGGGCCCUCCCCCGCUGAGCGCCCAGACCCCCCUGGAGCCCGGGGGGGAGCUGGACCAGGACGUCCUGCACCGGCCCUGCCCCUGGAUGCACGACAGCAGCUACGAAACCCGCCUCCACCGCAUCCUGCAGCCCGGUCCGCAGCCAAUCACAGACUCCACGGCCUUCUGUCGGACGGUGGUGCAGGUCGUGGAGGUCCAGCACUGA